CCGGCCCGGCCCCACACCCACCGGGCUCUCUUUCCCCGUUGCUUUUCGUCCUCCCCCCUCCCCUUUUAUUUUUUGUAAUUUUUUGGUAUUUUUUCCCCCGUCCUCUCCAGUUUUUCCAGAAGCUUCUUAGCGUGUCGUGAACUUUGCCUCUCGGGGGACGACAGCGACACCGGGACGGGGAUUUGCCCCAUCCCUUCCCUCCCGUUCACGUGCAGCCUGGGAAGCACUGAGGGAGGCAUGGCGUGGCCCAGCCGAGCACUGAAAGCCAAGGGCAAACUGGAGGAAGACCUGGAUGACAGCCUGCCAGACCUCAUGUGGCUGAGGGACUUCACAGUGGCCCAGACUGGCCUGCCUCAGUUAUACUCUGGCUCAGACCCCCAGGAUUGCUACACCAUGAGUGAGAGUCUGUUCAGCCUGGUUGAUUUUGAGUCCCCGUGCUCACCCCUGGCUGCUGACCCGGCCUGCAAGGGCACACGCCACACCCCCUGCACGCCCGUCUCCUCCUCCACCUCCUCCACCAUGCACCACGACCUGGCUGUGCCCCCUCAUCUGGCAGGGGACAUCGACUACAAGACCAACCCUCAUGUCAAGCCACCCUACUCCUAUGCCACCCUCAUCUGCAUGGCCAUGGAAGCCAGCAAUAAACCCAAAAUCACCCUCUCUGCCAUCUACAAGUGGAUUACUGACAACUUCUGCUACUUCCGACACGCUGAUCCCACCUGGCAGAACUCCAUCCGCCACAACCUCUCCUUGAACAAGUCCUUCAUCAAGGUGCCUCGAGAGAAAGACGAGCCAGGGAAAGGUGGAUUUUGGAAGCUGGACCCCUACUAUGCCAACCGGCUCAAGUACGGGACUUACAAAAAGCGGAGGAUGUCUCCGGUGCAGAUCCACCCGGCCUUCUCCGGGAGAGUCCAGAAAGAAGCACGGCACGUUGGCAGCCCGGCCUCUUCUUCCUGCAGCUCCAGCAACCUCCUCGAGGCCAACGUGGCAUCUCAGCAGCUGCUCAAAGAGUUUGAGGAAAGCACCAGCAGCCAGAGCUGGAACCCCGUGGGUACCAAAGCGGGGCAGAAGCGCCAGCAGCCCUCGCCCCUGCCCACGGCCAAGGCGUCUCGGCUUCCCAGCUCGGCCCUGAUGACCCAGGAGGAGCAGACUGAGCUGGGGUCACUGAAAGGUGUCUUUGACUGGGAAACUGUCUUUAACACCAACCUCAACGGAGAUUUCUCCACGUUGGUGGAUAUGGAGCUCCCACCUCCCGUCAACGCUGUCACGUGCGACCUGGACUGGACAGGACAAGGGCAGCACAUGGAGUGUCCCCAGGGGCAGGAGCAAGUCGCCACCGAAUCCAACCAGUACAGCCUGGACUUUAAUGAAACCCUCAUGGCCACGACUUUCUUGGAGCAUCCCUGGGAUGAAGGGACAAGCGAUUACCUCUCCAACUGUGUCAACAUUGACCAGGUGUUUGAAGACAUCGAUGCCUCUUUGCUGGCAGAUGUCAUCAACCUGAGCAGUCUGGCUCGCCUCUUGUAAGGUGUUUGUAGGAUGCUCUCCCCAAGCUGGGACUUACAAGGGACAAGAUUUCCUAGAGAUGCCCACGGUGACUUUUACCAGCUUCAUUGUAAGGUUAUUCUCAGAAACACCAGGGAAA